UCGGGGGCGGGCCCCAGGGUACUACUGUUGAGGGGGGGAAUGAGGAACGUGAGAAAAUACCUGAAUUAAUAUUUUGAGACAUCUAAGCAGUUUUUCAGUGUGGAUAGGUAUAGAGAACAAUGUUUGGACAUCAUUGACCAUUGAAGUACAGGGGAAGACAAAAUAAAUAGGCGCUAGAGUCUCAUGUUUCUGAAACAAUAAGUCUGUUAUCGCUCGAGACCGCAGUUGCAGGGAAGUUUAGAGAGGACCCCUGAUCGGGCCUAUUGUUAUUUUCACCCUGGACACGUAUCUACGGUAUCUAACCAGAUAUCGGACGGUUCGUAGGGCUGAGUCCUGAGUCCCCAACAAUUUGGGAGGAAGUAGCCUACCCUCAUCGCGACGGCAUGGAAACUAGACUCGGAGAGGAUACAUGGGUUCCAGCUUCGUGAGAAUUUUCGCCGAAGGACCUGUCCACUUCAACACCCGCCUCCUAUACUCCCAACCAUCAUAUCUUUUUACUCCCCCUGUCUAGUCGAGCUUUUCUUCUCCUUCCCUCCUUUCUCUAGUCCAUCGUUUCCCUUAUUCCCUCUAUCUGGUGGGCUCUUCUACCUCUCCCUGUCCUCCGGCCUCCAAAAUAGAUUCCUUCAGGAGUAAGGUUGACCUGCUGAAGCUGCCUCUGGCCCUGUCCACCAAGUCCAUCUCUGAGCGCAAGAGCCAGCUGGGCGGAGCCAGGGAACAAGCCACGGGGGGAGGAGGGGCCCACAAACCCUGCCCACCGACCCGCGACAUGGACAACGAGUCACAGUACUCGGGCUACUCCUACAAGUCGUCCCACUCCCGCAGCUCCCGCAAGCACAGGGAUCGGAGGGACAGGCAUCGCUCCAAGAGCAGAGACGGCAGCAGCCGUGGAGACAAGUCUGUGACCGUCCAUGCCCCUGGGGAGCCACUGCUAGAUGCAGAAUCCACCCGCGGAGAUGACCGGGAUGACAACUGGGGUGAGACCACCACUGUGGUCACAGGCACAUCAGAACACAGCGUUUCCAACGAGGACCUGACACGCGUCUCCAAGGAGCUAGAGGAAUCGUCUCCUCUGGAAUGCAAGCGCUUCCUGGGGCCUGUGCUGGGCGGCUGCCUGGGCCUGUUCGCCCUGUUCACCCCCCUGGCCUUCCUGGUCCUUCCCCAGCUGCUGUGGCGUGAGGCCCUGGAGCCCUGCGGCACGCCCUGCGAGGGUCUAUACGUCUCUCUGGCCUUCAAGCUCCUGGUGCUCCUCAUCUCCUCCUGGGCGCUGUUCCUGCGCCCUCCGCGCGCCACCCUGCCCCGCUUCUUCGUCUUCCGCUGCCUGCUCAUGGUGCUGGUGUUCCUGUUCGUGGCGUCCUACUGGCUGUUCUACGGCGUGCGCGUGCUGGAGCCUCGGGAAAGGGACUAUAGAGGCAUCGUGGAGUAUGCUGCAUCACUGGUGGACGCCCUGCUCUUCAUCCAGUACCUGGCCCUGGUGCUACUGGAGGUCAGACACCUGCAGCCUGCCUUCUGCCUCAAGGUGGUGCGCACCACAGACGGGGCUAGCCGCUUCUACAACGUGGGACACCUCAGUGUCCAGAGGGCAGCAGUGUGGGUUCUGGAUCAGUACUACAGGGACUUCCCUGUCUACAACCCUGCCCUGCUCAACCUGCCCAAGUCUAUCCUCUCCAAGAAGAUGUCUGGGUUCAAAGUCUACUCUCUUGAUGAGAACAGCACCAAUAACACCAACAGUCAGUCCCGGGCCAUGAUUGCUGCUGCAGCCCGCAGGAGAGACAACUCUCACAGUGAGUAUUACUACGAGGAGGCCGAGCUGGACCGCAGGUGCCGCAAGCGGAAGGCCAGGCUGGUAGUGGCAGUGGAAGAGGCCUUCACCCACAUCAAGCGUCUCCAGGAUGAUGACCCCGCAGCAUCGUCCCCCAAACACCCCCGUGAGGUGAUGGACCCCCGGGAGGCGGCUCAGGCCAUCUUCGCCCCCAUGGCCCGGGCCAUGCAGAAGUACCUGAGGACCACGCGCCAGCAGCCCUACCACAGCAUGGAGAGCAUCCUCACACACCUGCAGUUCUGUAUCACUCACAACAUGACCCCCAAGGCUUUCCUAGAGCGUUACCUCAGCCCGGGCCCUACCUUGCAGUACCAGCGCGAGAACGGCAGGGGGCGCCAUUGGACUCUAGUGAGCGAGGAGCCGGUGACCUCUGCCCUGCGUCACGGUCUGGUCUUCUCCCUGCGCCGCCUUGACUUCUCCCUGGUCAUCACGGUGCAGCCCCUCCCCUUCCUGCGUAUUGGUGAGGAGUUUAUCGACCCCAAGAGCCACAAGUUUGUGAUGAGGCUACAGUCGGAGACCUCUGUGUAGAGGGGGUCAGUGGAGGCCCCUCAUCCUAUUGGGAUACGCAGGGUACUAGAAUAUGUAAUCUCCUAUUGAACCAUUGUCAUGGAUGUUAACAGAAUGUGAUGAAGCUACAAUCUUCCAUAGAAAGAAGAUGGAUGCCUUGAUCAUGCUUUAUGAUACACUGUAAAAUUCCCUUGUUUUUCCAAAGGGAGCAUUGGCCGACAUUUAUUCUCAUGAAUAACAACCAUUUUUGCUACUUUGACUGCAACCACUGGAAUACAUCACUGUGUAGUAGACUCGUCACAUAAAGAUCACUAUCUGACUGCCAGAGGGUCAUGGCUAGAAUGGAUACAGCUUUUGUCAAAUUAACAUCAAAAGUUGCAUUUUAGCUAACCCUUAACCUAAUUAUCUUAACCUGGUACGUUAAUUCUCCUAACCUGCUACGAAAAGUCAACCUAACGUUAAUUUGACAAAAGCUGGAUCCCUUCUAGCCAUGACCCUGUUAGAGGGGCUCUGUCAUGUCUUACGAAAUGACCAAUCAGAGUACAACUCUCAAAGGUGACAGGCAGGCUGACGGUUAAAAGUGUUGGGCCAGUAACCAAAAGGUUGCUGGUUCGAAUCCCGAGCCGACCAGCUGGGAAAUCUGUGCCCUUGAGCAAGGCACUUUACCAUAACUGCUCCUGUAAGUCACUCUGGAUAAGAGUGUCUGCUAAAUGACUCAAAUAUAAGUCAGCUGACUGCAAAGUUGGUAUACUGCUUCUACUCAUUGCCAGUGUGUUGUGCUUGAAGUGAUGACUAGGCCUGUUUUAUAUAGGGUGUGACUUUUUUUUAUUAUUGAAUGUAUACGUAUUGAGUUAAGGUUUUUCUUCUUGCCUGUAGGCCAACUGUCUUCAUCUGUUUGGGAAGGAACUACAUUCCUGAGCUUGUUGUACCUGAGACUGUAUGUUGUAAGGAGUCAUAUAUUCUGUGUAUAUGUGGCUCUCAUUUCAUUUUAUGCUUGCCUUUUUACACACGUUAUCAUGAUUUUGGUAACAUUGAAUGAGGAAAUCUGAGAAUACAUCCCUGCCUUGGGACAGCUUUCUCAGACAGACUGUCCUGAAUAACCUGUAGUUCAAUUAAGCUUUUUUGAACGGACUCCUCUUGUCUUUACCCUGUGUCCACUGUUCUCCAUCCAUCUCCCUCUGACCAGGAACAUGUGAUUGUAUCCUCACUGCAAGUCCUCUGCAGUUGUAGCAAAUCACCAGAUUGUGCCACAUAUUAAAACGAGCACAGUAUGAUUGCGGCAUCCAACAGCCUUACCCAUGUGUGAACUACGAAACGCUUUCCGGUCAUCUCUGGCAAAGAACCACUUCUCUGACCACUAAACUUCUUGGUUCUAACCAAGACAUACUGUAACUGGCAGCCUGGUGUUGAGACUUGAACUGCUCCAAACUGUUGUCUACCUUCUUUUGGACAACUGAGCCACUAUGACUGCCAGUCAUUUUAAUUCAAGCAGAAAUGCCCUUCAUUUCUGUGAGAACAACCAAUAAACAAAGUUCAGAACUAGUUGACAUAACUGACGAGAACAUCUGGAUGACAGAACACAAAUGGUUGUUCCAGUUUUUUAUGGAUUGUAGAAUUUAGGGUUUAGGUACAUUUUAUAUGAUGAGCUUGUUUGUUACUUUUUUUUUUUUAAAGAUGCCUAAGUUAUAAUGCAAUUCAAUAAAAAUGUAACAUUUACUUUUGGAAAAGAGGACAGCUUGUACACGUGUACAUUUGACUUGCAUUGUUUAUUUUAUUAAUAAUAGCAGCUUGUAUAGUGUGCUAGAUGUUUUUGACAUUAUUAAACCAUUUUCCUGUGCACCUA